AUGGCCAUACCUCAAUUCCUCUAUGCUAUCGACCUAAGCGCUAAGCACCCAGCACAGGGCCAACUCAAAGUCCGGCUUGACUAUGGUCUAGCAACCCAGCCCGUUCCGGGCGUGUCAGAAAGUACGAGGAAAGAAAGUCAGCAUCAGUAUCUAUUUUCCUCUUAUCUUGUCUUCAAUGAACCUGUAUCGUCUUUCACAGACGGUCAGCUGAGACAGAUGGCCCAAGUUGCACAUGCAGAAAUGGAAAAGGAUAUGCAACAAUAUAAGCCUACAUUGUUCGCCACGCCGGGUGGUAAGCCAAUCUAUCUCCCUACGGUUAUGACUAUCGUGGCUUUUGGGAACGAGAUUAUUCUAUCUUCUUCCCAGAAGGGACUCGAUGGUUUUCUUAAUCAGUGGCCCCAGAGCCCGGUCAAACUGGCUCUUGAUCGCUGCAGUGCCAUUUGGCGAGAUCGUGUUAUCAGUGACUCAGAGAGUACUGCAAAUCCUGCCGCCGGUCACAAAAACAAGGCCAAGUGUGGCGAAGUCAAUGCAUUUCAUCAGUACUAUAUGACACACACGACGUCAAUUCCAGAGGUCGAUCCCAAAGUACGUGUCACAACUGUUGCCAGAACCGGGAAUAGUUACAUUAUCUUUCCCCCUUGCGGUACCGAUAAAAACGGAGAGGAUGAAAAG